GCCGGCGAAGCUUAUCUGGCAAGCCUAUUCAGCCUCAAGACAAGGGAGCACUUCCGCAAGGUGAUUCUGGUGCUGGACUCCGACGGGCUGUUUUAUGACGCCGACUCUUAUAUGAACCCGACAAUCUGCGACACGCUUCUUGAUAACCUAUCGAUACUGGGAAUAGUCAUCGAGCAGCCAGAACCUGCACAUCCAUACCGAGUAGGCAGGGACAACAUGAAUGACGAGAAAGAGGAGUGGAGAGCAUGGCUGACAACUACUUUGGAGUACAUAAACCAAGCCAUUCCCAACGACGCUAAAGUGGUCGUGGAUACCAAUAAAAUGACAGACGCAACAGAGAUUGUUGAGAGAGCAAUGUCGGGGCGGUGGAAUUUCCAGGAUUUGCGAGAUGGCGACAGGAUAUUUGAGAGGGCGGAGUACUCCUACACAGGCGGCUAUUGGGACGACGACCAUGGACCGACUAGUUGCAGAGACAUCAUCGAUGAUUGUGACUAUGACUAUUAUUACUCGGACUGACUUGCUUAUAUCUCUUUACCAUUUUUGGAGGAUUAGUAGGAUUCUGGUGGGAUGGAAAUAGGAUUUUGGUAACAACAGUCAAUACAUUCCGAGU